AUGAACUCAGUGUGCCAGUUCCACUUUUCUGUAAAUGUCCCUCCUCUGCAGCUGAUUUCCAAUUUGCUGCCRCUGGCUGGUAAUGAAAACAGGGACAUCAUCCAUCAGUUAGAAUAUCGGAUCUCCAGACUGGAAGGAGUCCUUCGCUUGAACAAAAUGAUAACAGAGUCUGGAGGAAAAAUAUUUACUAGCAAUGGCAAAUAUGCUGAUUUUGAUGCUACAGUGGAAAAAUGUCAAGAGGCUGGAGGGUCUAUUGCUACUCCCAGGAGCCCUGGCGAGAAUGAUGCCAUUCUGCAYUUCGUGAAAACUUAUAACACCUACGCCUACCUGGGGAUAAAGCAAUCCCUUAUUCCAGGCAAAUUCCAGUUCCUGAAUGGUGCACAGCUGAGCUAUACUAACUGGUAUYCAAAUGAACCUGCUGGCAAAGGGGAGGAGGAAUGUGUGGAGAUGUACACUGAUGGCACUUGGAAYGACAAAAGGUGCAACAAGAAUCACCUCAUUGUCUGCCAGUUUUAGUGUUUCCCCUGCUGCUCUCUGGAAUGUGCUUUCCCAUCACUUGUCUCUUCAUUUGUAGCUAGCAAACUUAGAUAAUGCAGCAUGG